AUGGGAAUGAAUGGGGAAAGGGAGACCUAAGGCGGCGAUGGUUGUUGGACUAGGUUCAGCUUGCCGGUUACUUACCGGUGCACCGACUUGCCAUCGGUUAGCCACCGCAAACCGCCGGUUAGCAAUUAAUUUCAAACUGGACACCGAGACCAUUUUAGCGAUUUCGGUAUUGGGUCGGUUUUUUUGGUUACUCGACUAACCUAACAAAGAAGUUGAAAGGAAAGAAAGGACAUGCUUGGCAGAGAAGAAAACGUUAAACAGGGAUGACAAAUGGAACGCAGCACUUCAGCCCAAAACGGUG